UGUUCCUAUGAAAAAAAAGGACCAGUGGCCAAAUAUGUGCGUGUGAACAAAAAACCAACAUACUAUAGAACUUAAAAAAUCUUUCAUCCAAAUAAUCCUGUUUUAGAAAUACAUACUUAGAGUUAGACAAGAAAUAAUUCACAAGGAUGGAAAAUGGGUAAUAAAGAGUCCAGCAAUCUGACCUCCAGAUCAAGUAAUGAAUCUGAUGAGUCAGUGGAUGUUCCUGAUGAGACAACAACUAUUCAAGGUCAGAGGUAUGUCACUGGAGGAAGUAUGACGCAUAGUAGUCACAUGACAGGUAGAAAUGAAAAUGACAAUGAUGAUAACACAUCAGUACCCCCACCCUAUAUACCUGAUGAUUUGAUGCCAUUGAUGAAUGAGUUUCAAGACCACAAUUUACCUGUUUCACCAGAAAGUGAGGUGGAUAUACCUGUCUUUGAUGAAGAGGACAAUCAUUCUACCCCAAUUACAAAUUAUCCUCUGAAUACUAAUCAGAAUGGACUAGAAUUACCUGUGUAUGACAACCACAGUACACCUGUCUCUAACAAUUCAAAAUCAUCUGACGAGGAAUCAUCUGUAAAUACUAGCAGUAGCCAAUCAACACCUGACCAGGAAGAAUUACCUGUGUAUAGCAAACCAAGAGCACAUGUGCAUAGAAAUAAGACUCCUGAUAACGUGGCAGUGUAUAUCGAUAAAGACGAUCAAAUAUCACCUGAUGAAGCACCUGUUAACACAUCGAAUAAUGCACCUGACAAUCGGGCACCAGAUAAGAGCAGUACCACAGGUGGCAUUACUCGAAGUAAUAGUGUUAUAAGUAGCAAAUCGGAAAAUUCUGAAUUACAGGCACACACAUUGUCACCACUUGCCUAUCAGAGAUUGAGAAACUGCUUGUUAAAUUUACCACUAGAAGAUGGACAAGAAAUAAAAGACAAAGCUGUAGAAAGAGUUGCCUCUCACAUCUUAGUCCAAGACUAUGAUCCUAAAAUUGACAUUAUAAUGAAAGGUGAUGAUGCCAAAGGAAUUUUUGUCAUCAUAGAUGGUAGUGUGAAUGUUUUGUCAGAGAAUGGGACUGAUGUUUUGGCUACAUUACAUGAGGGAGAUUAUUUUGGUGAAAUUUCUGUACUGUUUGACUGUCCCUGUACAGCAAGAGUCCAGACGAUAACUAAAUGUCAGUUUGCCGUAUUGGAGGUGAAUGCUGCUAAACGUCUGUUACGUAAAAUUGAUGUUGAUCUGAUAGAUUAUUUUGUAACAAAGAGGUAUUUACCCACUAGUGAUCACAUGGAUGUUAAUAGGACACAGCGUAGACUGGUACUUUCAUGCUUAAAGCAGCUACCUGUAUUUGAAAAGUGGUCUGAGGAAGCAAUGAAAGAACUGGUAAUGCAGAUUAAACCAGCUCUAGUCAUCCUGUAUCAGGCCAAUACAUUGGUUAUCUGUGAACAAGAUCCACCAGUGGCACUGUAUGUCAUAAUCAGGGGAAGAGCCUUGAUAAAGAAAGAUGAUGAUGUCAUCUUAGAAAUAGAUGCAGACAAACAUCCAGCAGUUAUUGGAGAAGAAGGUAUGCACUUAAGGUGUAACAGUGCUGUGACCAUCCAGACAUCAACCUGCUGUCAAAUCAUAAUUAUCAAAGAGGAAUGCAUAGACAAUGUUCUAAAUAAGAUCAUUUCAGGUUGUGCAGAAAUAUGGAAAGCAAGAGAAUUAAAGUGGAGGGCAUUGGUUAACAAAACUGAUGUUUUAUAUAGGACAUUUCCUCAUCUAUUGCAAUUCGAGGUUCUUUUCCAUUUUUUGAAAAACCAUAGAAUAUUUGCCAGGUGCUCACCAAGAUGUGUUCAAUAUUUAGCUCUGCAGGGUAUACCUAAUCAGUUUAGCACAGGAGAUACUGUUUGUACUCAGGAGGAAUAUGAUGACAACAUGGUUAUCUUGGUUGUUAAAGGAGAACUUGAACUGUUGACAAGUCCUGAAAUAAGAUAUGCCUACACAAUAAAUACUGGUGACGUUUUCUAUCACUGUGAUUGGAUGGGAAGUAAGGGAGAAAUUAUUGCAAGAAGUGAUUGUCUGGUGCUAAAAAUAGACCAUACUGAGAUAACUGCAGCAUUAGAAAGGAAUAAAGACUCCCAUUUGAUGUUGCCUUCUGAACCAGUGUGAAUGGCAAAUAUGUUGUUGGGAGUGUGCCCAGAAAAUUUCUAAUCAAAACAAAAAUGUCGUUAAUUUGUUUUUUAAUGUCUGUCAGUCAGUGAUUUUUAGGUGAUUCAUAUUGAAUGACAUGCUUGCCAAUCAAAAUAAUUUGUUCACUUAACUGUUAUACUAUUAUUUCUUUGUUGAUUAUUUUAUUAAAUUUAUUUGCUGUUA